AUGUCGCUCCGCGAUGUUGUGCAGGCCAUCAGGUACACCCGCAACAACAUGUUCGGCCCGGUCCCCGCAGAGGCGGCGGGCAUGAACUCUACGCGCAUCGCCGAGGUGCUUAAUUACCGUAAAGCCAUGCCGGGGCUGGUGACCGUCUCCCAUCUCCAUGCGCUGCUGGCCUCUCCCACCGCGGUGGAGCGCGAGGUCGCAGAGUUGCAGCGCGGCGAAGUGGUUCGCAAGAUCUACGUGCAACGUCGCGGCGGGCUCGGCGAGGCACUUAUACAGUCUUCCGAGUUAGAGGAGAUGAUCACGCAGUCCACCGAGCUCGACGGGGAGACGCAGGCCAUGUUCCUGAGCUUUUUGAAGGAGAACCCGCAGGCGCAGACGAUGCCGCGGGCUGCCUGCAGUUACAAGCAGGCUGAUGCCUUGGUGCGGGCAGGGUUCCUCACAGCGAAAACACACUCGCAGGACGUGAACACGCCACUGAUGAAUCUUCACUUGCGCCCGGAGGUGCGCGCCAGCCUGACGAGUAUCGAGGCGGUGUCCCGCGCAGCGUCCGGCACCUUUGACGCCGUGGGCGGGCAAGGAGCAAUACACGCCGCGGGUGGUGGGGGAGGGGCACCGCGGCUGUCCCGCGCCGACACGUCAUCUCCCGACUACACCAUCGCGGUCCCCGGGAACGGUUCUUUUCUCAAGCUAACUGCCGCCGCGGUGGAACAUCUGAACAAACUGCUGUCCAAAUCGCAAUUUAGGGAGAUGCCCGUGUCUAUGCUAAGAGAGAGAUGGGAAGGUGGCGUGGCUCGUGACGAGGCACGCCUGGCAAGGAGGGCCAGGGGAGAGUUUGCUGGAGUAUUGCCGGGACGGACGAAGAGGUGGAAGGAGUUUUACGGAUUGGAAUUCAACUGGGUCUUGGAAGAAGCCAUGGGGGCCGGUCUGGUUGAGGUUUUCGAGACACGGAGCGUAGCCCCGGGAGCCCGAAUGUGUUAA